CAUGUGUUCGCUUGAUUUGGAAGAAACGGCAAACCGACUAGGAAUUGAAUAUUUCCUGGUAUCUUACGCACCUUUAAAUACAGAUGUAAGAUGUUCUCUUAUACCCAAACGUGCAAUUCGAGAAGUGCAAAAAAACGGAUGCGGAAUGCCCCCUGCAAUGUUCUUCAAAUCCACUCCUGUAGAACCAGAGAUGAUAAUUAAACCUGACCCAAAAAGUUUAAUACAAUUGCCAUGGAAAUCUAAGUUUGCCUGGUUAAGCAGUGACUUAUAUAUGUAUGGAAAACCGUUUGACCAAUGUCCCAGGGCUUGUUUAAAGAGGCAGGUGGAACUCGCCAAGAGUAUGGGAUUUUCCAUGAAAUCUGGAGUAGAGCCUGAAUUUACACUUUUAACAAAGGAUGGAAAAGAAUUCGCUGAUAAAAUUGACAUGCAACAGCCCAUGAGCCUUCAAGAUCCACUUGCGAUUAUGAGACAUUCCAAGUUUUUAACUGAUCUAUCUGAUUCUAUGGAAAAGAUUGGGUGGAAUCCAUAUGAAAUCGACCACGAGUCAUCUUGCUGUCAAUACGAAAUUAACUUUGAUUAUGUUGAUUGCUUAGAAACAGCUGAUAGAUUUAUGUUUAUGAAAUUCAUGAUUAAAGAACUAGCAGAAAUUCAUGGUAUAAAAGCUUCGUUUAUGCCUGUGCCUAUACCUAGAAUACUCUGCGCCAAUGGCUUGCAUGUUAAUGUUUCCCUUUGGAAUAAUAGCACACAUACGAAUGCAUUUGAGGAUGAUUCGGAUGAGUUGGGACUAUCCCAAAUUGCUUAUAACUUUAUAGGUGGUUUAAUGAAACAUGUUGAGGAUACAUGCGCCAUUUGCUGUCCAACAGUAAAUAGUUACAAGAGAUUAAAUAGAGGUGUAUGGUGUCCCAACGUAAUAUCUUGGGGUGGUAAUAACAGGACUGUUCUAUUUAGAAUUCCAGCCUCUAAUAGGGUCGAACACAGAUUGCCUGAUGCGACUGCAAAUCCCUAUCUAAUGCAAGCGGCAAUCUUGGCUUCGGGCCUGGAUGGAAUCAUAAAUAAGAUUCAUCCAGGGCCGAAAGCUGAUUUCGAUGUUCAGAUGCAAUCCGAGCAAUUUAAGAAAGUACCGAAAAACCUUGAAAAGGCUUUAGAUAAAUUGGAAUCAAGUACAUUCUUGAAAGAUUCUCUUGGAGAACCAAUUAUCGAUGGUUUUAUUCACCUUAAAAGAAAAGAAUGGAAUCUGUUCCAUUCGGAAAUUACACCGUGGGAAAUAGAUUAUUAUUCUAAUGCUUAA